GAAUUUUACAAUUGCCUGAUUGUCAGUCGGCAGGUUUGUGCAACGCCACUUGGAACUGUCCAAGAAUUCUCAUCACCACGUCUAUAAUUUAUUGGAGUGUAUAAGAAUUACGUGCAACGGCCAUUGCACCCGAUAAUUUGAUACCUUCAAGGCAAGGUCGACUGUAUCUUAAGAUAUCUGGGAUUGAAAUAACUGCGUAGCCAUUGUAAAUUACGCAGGAAUCUAUAAUUGGCCGGUUCAAGUGCAGAGUAAUUGAAUUAGACGACGCUGAAUUUUUUACGAUGGGAGUCGAAAGGGUGCAGACACCUCAGGAGAGCGAACAAGACAAUGACGAGUGGAUCGCGGCGAAGGAAAUCCUGAGAAACUCGGCCGAGCGAUUGAGGAAAGUCAUAAAAAGCCUGUUCGAACGAGACUACGGUGAAAAUGUAAUGGUGGACGACUUUGAGGCAAAGAUGUUGACACCCCCGGGUUCGAACUACGGCAGUGUGCUGCUCGCUGUGAAGGUGACGGUACGGAGGAACAAGUUCGCCACGCCGAAGGUGGUGAACGUCGUCGCGAAGAUGCUGCCGAGCGAGUUCUUCCAGGACGUUUUCAACAGCGCCGUAACGUUCCCAAAGGAAGUCGCCGCCUACGAAGAGAUACUGCCGGCGUAUCAGAUGCUUCAGCUGGAGAACGGAAUCCCGAAAUCCAAGGUAUUCAACCACUUUCCCAGGUUCUUCGGCGCCAGGAUACCCGAUGAUCUGAAGACCAAGGCCGCCGACGACGACGCCGUCAUACUCCUGGAAAACCUCGUCGCAGCUGGUUACAAAUGUGGGAACAGGUGGAAGGGCUUAGAUCGGGCUCAAUCGGAGAUGACGGUCCGCACUUUGGCGACCUUUCACGGCCUCGGGAUCGCCUUGAGAAAAAAGAAACCCGAAGUAUUUGCCAAGUUCGUGAAGAAGGCGGUUACCUUCAGCCACCCGUCGACCUCCAUAGUUCGUGCGGCUAAAAAUUGCAAGAACAUGGUCAUGGAGAACGAGAGGCUCAAUCCGUUUUACGCUCGGAUAGCCAAUGCUUUGGACAACGGCGUCAAUACUAUCAACACGCCGCCGACGAAUCAGUUUGGGACCAUAUGCCACACCGACUUCUCGAUUAACAACAUGUUGUUCCGUAACGACAGCGAAGGUAACGUCGAGGCGGUGAAGUUCAUCGAUUUUCAGACUUACAGCCAUCUCAGUCCGGUGAGGGAUCUUCUCUAUUUCCUAAUCGCCAGCACCGCGGAAAACGUUUUGAUAUGCCACUUUGAUCACCUGGUGAACAUGUACCAUGAUCGGCUUGUCAGAACCCUGGAGGAGCUUAACUGUGACGUUGGUAACUUCGGGAGAAGCCACUUCUUGGCCGAGUGCAAAGAAUGGGUUGGCGCCGAGGCCCUUCACUGCUGCUUGAUGGUUAAAAUCAUUCUGUUGCCGGAGGCUGAGGCUGGAAUCGAGGGGAACGGUCCUGAAAUACAAUCUGUCGACUAUUUUGACAACCUUGAUUUCGAAGCGUACAGGCAAAGGCUGACGAUCAUGUUUCAAAGUUUCUUGGAAAGAGACUGGAUAUGAAACUGUAUUUGUUUUUACUCUAUUCUAAUCGACAGUUUCAUUCUACAUGCAGAUCAUGUUAUUUCAUACUCAAAAAACUGCAAUCCAGCAACUCAGUCUUGUGUCAACAAUAUCGAUCUAUAAGGCAUACGUGGAUUAUCUAAAAGUACGUUUUAACGAUGGUAAGAAUCUUUUGAUUUAAUUGUCUUUGUAGAGUUUUUGUUAUUUUUUUUUUUUUAAUUCAAUCAAGUUGUACGAAUUUUAGUGAUUCGCGUAAUUUACACAUUGAACUUUUGAAAUACUUGGAUAUCAAGCGUGCGUAAUAAUGUUAAGACAAGUUAGGUAACGUUUUGAUAGAAUCGAAAAUUUCAGUAGAAAAUGUUGGGUUUGAAACGUGAAAAAAAGAUAAUGAAAAAAAUAAACGUACUUCGGCAUUGCGAUCUGCAUACGAAAUUAUUCUACUUUGGUCUCGAGAUUAAGAUAUCGUAAUCAUUUCAGUAUACCGUUGCAAUAAAAUGGUGAAUUUCUCCGGUCGGAAUUUAAUUACAUCCCGGAAAAAUAUUAGUUAAUCUGAAAACCAGUUUUUUUAUAUGCGUAAAAAUUUGUUCGCCGAUUAACGCAGUGUCUAAUUGUGAAGAAAAUGCUAUCCCUUGCAUACGCAGAGUGUAAGACUAUCUUUACUUGCGAUGAAAAUCCAAAACUGGUACUUGGUACGGUAUGCUUGAAUAAAUUUCGUCUGAGUGUAAAAGCAGCUUUCAGCAAACAGCCA